AUGUCUGACACGUUCAAUCCCGCCAUCCCCACCACCUCGAAUGAUGGCAAGUCGACUGGCCGAUUUGGCUAUCGCACCCCAGCCGAGGAAGUCGUCACCGAGCUCGGAAUCGACUUGAGCGAUCGCGUCGCAAUUAUCACCGGCGCCAGCAGCGGUCUUGGCCAGGAAACUGCGCGCGUUUUGGCCCUCAAGGGUGCUCGUAUCAUUCUAGCCAUUCGCAACCUCGAGGCUGGUCAAAAGGUUGCUCAAGAGAUUCAGCAAAGCACCGGAAACACCAAGAUCGAAGCCAUGCUCGUCGAUCUGACCUCGCUCAAGAGCAUCAAGGAGUUCGCCGACACAUUCCUCGCCAAAAAGCUCCCGCUCAACCUCCUCGUCAACAACGCCGGUGUAAUGGCCAAUCCGACUCGCGAGACCACCGCCGACGGCUUCGAAAUGCAAUUUGGCACAAACCACCUUGGGCACUUCUACCUCACUCAGCUGCUCACGCCCGCCCUGGUUGCUGCGGCGCCGUCCCGAGUGGUGGCUGUCAGCUCGUUGGGCCACACCUUCAGCCCGGUUGUGUUUGAUGACAUUAACUGGGAAAAGUCCUACGACAGGUGGCUCGCGUACGGGCAUUCCAAGACGGCGAACGCCCUGUUUGCACUCGAGCUCAACAAGCGUCUCAGCCCGAAGGGUGUAAUUGCCGUUUCCCUGCACCCGGGCGGCGCUGCGACAAACCUGAGUCGCCACAUCCCUCGAGACUAUGCAAUCAGCCAGGGAUGGAUGAACGAGGAUGGCACGAUGAACAGCGUGUUCAAAACGGUCGAGCAGUGCUCCUCGACCACCGUGUACUGCGCCAUUGCGCCCGAGGUCCUGGAGCAUGGUGGUGCCUACUUUGAGGAUUGCAACCUGGGUGUUCCGGCUCCGCACGCCUCAGACCCGCAAGCCGCUGCCAAGCUUUGGGAGGUCUCAGAGAAGUUGAUUUCCAACGCGCUCAAGCAAUGAGAUCGCACGCUCUCCUAGCUUGGAGUGUACAGCUCUGUGUUACUUUUUGUGUUCCUGGUCUUGUGCUUUCCUGUACCGUAUGCAAGAACCUUCCGCCUGCUGCGUUGGUUUGGCUGAGUCCCUA